UGCCCGGAGCCGGGCGGAAGUGGGGAGGUGGCGGGACGGAGCGGGGCCAUGGAGGAUCCCGGCCCCGGCCUCGGUCCCGGCCCGGUCGCAGAGGGCCCGGCGGAGCUGAGCCCCGCGGGGCUGGAAGGGCCCCCCCCCCGCGGCGCUUACACCACCUUCAUGAAGUCCCAUCGCUGCUACGACCUGAUCCCCACCAGCUCCAAAUUGGUUGUUUUUGACACGUCUCUUCAGGUGAAGAAGGCGUUCUUCGCGCUGGUCACCAACGGCGUGCGCGCGGCACCGCUCUGGGACAGCAAAAAGCAAAGCUUCGUGGGCAUGCUGACCAUCACCGACUUCAUCAACAUCCUGCACCGCUACUACAAGUCACCGAUGGUGCAGAUCUACGAGCUGGAGGAGCACAAAAUAGAGACGUGGAGAGAGGUUUAUCUGCAGGACUCCUUCAAGCCGCUGGUCUGCAUUUCCCCCAACGCCAGCCUCUUUGAUGCGGUCUCCUCCUUGAUCCGGAACAAGAUCCAUCGCCUGCCCGUCAUCGACCCCGACUCGGGGAACACUCUCUACAUCCUCACCCACAAGCGCAUCCUCAAGUUCCUCAAGCUCUUUAUAGCAGAGGUCCCAAAGCCCGAGUUCAUGGCCAAGACGUUGGAGGAGCUGCAGAUCGGCACCUACCACAACAUUGCCGUGGUGAGCACCAGCACCCCCAUCUACGUGGCACUGGGCAUCUUCGUGCAGCACCGCGUCUCCGCGCUGCCCGUCGUCGAUGAGUCGGGGCGGGUGGUCGACAUCUACUCCAAAUUCGACGUGAUUAACCUCGCGGCUGAGAAGACCUACAACAACCUGGACGUGACGGUGACGCGGGCGCUGCAGCAUCGCUCCCACUACUUUGAGGGUGUCCUUAAGUGUUAUAAGCACGAGACGUUGGAAACCAUCAUCAACCGCCUGGUGGAGGCCGAGGUUCACCGGCUGGUGGUGGUGGACGAGAGCGACGUGGUCAAGGGGAUCGUCUCCCUCUCGGACAUCCUGCAAGCCCUGGUCCUCCCGCAGGGCCCCUGAGGCAUUUGUUGGGGGGGAUCAGCCCCUCCCUGUGCCCCCCCCUUUCCUUCUCUUGGGGACAUCUGGGUUGGGGGCCCCACUCACCAGCAGCAUCCAGCAAUAAUCCAGCUGUGGGGCAGCCCCCCCCAGCACUUCCCUGAGUGGGGAGACUCCCCCCCCACGCUGCACCCUGUGCCCCAAAGCCUGGCACGGUGCCAGGGGGAGGCUCCCCUUUUGGGCUUCCCCCCCCCUCAUACCCCACACCCCCCUGUGCGGUUUCACUGAAUCUGGGGAUUUAAUCACCCUCACUCAGCUCUGUCCGGGCAGGGGCUGCACCCCCACAACCCCUUGUGCCCCCCCCGGGGCACAUCCGCACCCGCCACUGCUUCAUGUGUGGAAAGAAGCCACGAAUAAACACAGAGCUGGCACGAUCCCGCCGUGGGGCACCGGGGGGGGACCCCGGGAGGGGCUUCACCACCCCCCCCCCCCCCACGGGCGAAGGGGAAUCUGCUGAGCUCACCCAGACCCCAAA